AUGACAUCUGAUUCUGCUGACAACAAGGACAAGCAUGAAGCUGCUAGUUUCUUUUCAAAAUGGAUGAGCUCGGAGAACAAGGGAGAUGGCUGGGAUGAAGUGUGUUUGCAAUGGUGCAAGCAGAAUAGCGCAGCUCGCACGGAGCAUGCCGAUCCCAACUGCUCUAUGCUUUGCUUCAAUCGCCCUGUAAAUGCAGAUGCUAUGGAUACAAACAGCAAGUGGAAUCCCUUGAAAGGAUACACUGUAUCAGUCAUCCAUGGAAAGGAGGAAUGUACAGAUCAUACCAAUGGUAUGUCUGCACCAGAUCAAACUACACAACCAGACUCAAGCAAGGACAAGACAAAAUACAAGUUUGAUUUAGGCGAUCUCUGGACGCAGGCUGAUGUUACAGCCAAGCAAAUCAUUAACGACAAGGUAGUGCCGCUUUACAACUCUACGAUUGAACAGGCCAUUGCUCUGAAAGAUAGCCCUGAGGCUGUGCAGCUUCAAGAAUACGUGGUAUCAAAAUCAAGCGAUUUGUUGAGCCAAAUCUAUCCAAUGGCUCCUUUCAACUUGGAUGGAAAACCGAAUGCUACACCCUCUGAUAAUCCAGCAGAUGAAAAAAAGUAA